CCACUUCCAAACCAUAUCGUCUGACGAUAGCAAUUCCUGUCCUAGUCCGAGCAUUCUGUCAAACGUUUCGUCGGCUCAAUCUCAUAUAUUCGCCGGUAAUCCCACAGCCAUGUCGCUCAUCCCAAGCUGGUUCGGCGGCCGCCGCAGCAACGUCUUCGACCCUUUCUCCCUCGACCUCUGGGAACCCUUCAAGGACUUCCCUUUCCCUUCCUCCUCCCUCUCCGCCUCUGAUUUCCCUCAGACGUUCCGGGAGAACACUGCUUUCGUGAACACGAGGAUCGACUGGAAGGAGACCCCGGAAGCCCACGUGUUCAAGGCGGAUCUCCCCGGGCUCAAGAAGGAGGAGGUCAAGGUGGAGAUCGAGGACGAUCGGGUGCUCCAGAUAAGCGGCGAGAGGAACGUGGAGAAGGAGGACAAGAACGAUACGUGGCACCGGGUGGAGAGGAGCAGCGGGAAAUUCAUGAGGAAGUUCAGGUUGCCCGAGAACGCGAGGAUGGAUCAGGUGAAGGCGUCGAUGGAGAACGGGGUGCUCACCGUCAGUGUUCCCAAGGUGGAGGAGAAGAAGCCUGAGGUCAAGGCCAUCGAGAUCUCUGGUUGAGAGAUGGUGAAUCUACGGUUGGCUUGGCGACUUGUGUAUACAUGCACAGAGAGUGAGUGUCUGCGUGUGCUGUCCGCUGUGUGGCUUUCACAUGUCCUGAGUUGGCUUGAGUUGUGAGUCUCAGUCCUCGUCUAUGGCGGUGUAACAUGACUAUAGUAACUUCUGCUUUAUGUGAUAUCGGUUCCUCAAAAUCUUUCGGUUUUCU